CGGCGUGCGAGCGCCCGCGCCUUCGAAGUGCAUGGCGCGCCUGACUGGAUGCCUCGCGCCUUCGGGGAAUGGCUUCGUCCGAGGAAGAGGCGACUACCGCGUCGAUCCCUGAAGAUGACUGCCUCAGUGUCCGAAAAUGGUGGUGCUUCCUCCUGUCGUCGAUCUUCACUUUCCUCGCGGGCCUGCUGGUGGUGCUGGUAUGGCGCGCGUGCGCGUUCGUCUGCUGCCGCAAGGAGCCGGAGCUCGCGCCGAACGAUCCCAAGCAGAAGGAGCAGAAGGCGGCGCGGCAGGGCAAACAGGAGUUCGAGGGCACCUUCAUGACCGAGGCCAAGGACUGGGCCGGCGAACUCAUCUCCGGUCAAACCACCACCGGACGAAUACUGGUAGUGUUGGUGUUCAUCCUGAGUAUAGCAUCGCUCAUCAUUUACUUCAUUGACGCAUCAAGUAUCUCGACUUCCAGUGAAGAGGUGGAGCGAUGCCAGAAAUGGAGUGACAAUAUUACUCAGCAAAUCGACCUUGCCUUUAACAUAUUUUUUAUGGUCUACUUUUUUAUACGAUUUAUAGCAGCUAGUGACAAACUAUGGUUCAUGCUCGAGAUGUAUUCAUUUGUAGAUUAUUUCACGAUACCCCCAUCCUUUGUAUCGAUAUACCUGGAUAGAACGUGGAUAGGGCUAAGGUUUCUCAGAGCUCUGCGCUUAAUGACCGUGCCUGACAUUUUGCAGUACCUCAAUAUAUUAAAGACAUCGAGCUCAAUUCGUUUGGCGCAAUUAGUUUCGAUAUUUAUAUCAGUAUGGUUGACAGCGGCAGGCAUUAUUCAUUUGCUGGAAAAUUCCGGCGACCCGCUAGAAUUCGAGAACUCACAGAAGCUCUCGUACUGGACAUGCGUGUACUUUCUCAUAGUCACCAUGUCCACUGUAGGUUACGGUGAUGUGUUCUGCCACACUGUGCUAGGCAGAACCUUUUUGGUUUUUUUUCUCCUCGUCGGCUUGGCAAUGUUCGCUAGUAGCAUUCCCGAAAUUAUAGAGCUGGUAGGAAGUAGGUCCAAGUACAGUGGCGAGCUGAAGCGUGAACAUGGAAAAAGGCACAUAGUUGUAUGUGGGCAUAUAACGUACGAGUCAGUAAGCCAUUUUUUAAAAGACUUCCUACAUGAAGACAGAGAAGAUGUGGACGUUGAGGUUGUUUUUUUACACAGGAAACCGCCCGACUUGGAGCUCGAAGGCCUGUUCAAGAGACACUUUACCACUGUGGAAUUCUUUCAAGGCACCAUAAUGAACCCUAUCGAUCUGCAAAGGGUAAAAGUACAUGAAGCGGAUGCUUGUCUGGUGCUAGCAAACAAAUACUGCCAGGACCCCGACGCCGAGGACGCUGCCAACAUCAUGAGGGUCAUUUCCAUCAAGAACUACUCCGACGACAUCAGGGUCAUCAUUCAGCUGAUGCAGUACCACAACAAGGCCUACCUACUCAACAUUCCAUCGUGGGACUGGAAGCAGGGCGAUGACGUGAUCUGCUUAGCAGAACUGAAACUGGGCUUCAUCGCGCAGAGCUGCCUCGCGCCCGGCUUCUCCACCAUGAUGGCCAACCUCUUCGCCAUGAGGAGUUUUAAGACGUCUCCCGACACCCAAGCUUGGCAGAACGAUUACCUCCAGGGUACAGGCUGCGAGAUGUACACGGAGACACUGUCCACUUCCUUCACUGGGAUGAGCUUCCCUCAAGCGAGCGAGUUAUGCUUCACAAAACUGAAGCUACUGCUUCUGGCCAUCGAGAUCAAAGGCGAAGAAGGGGCAGACAGCAAGAUCUCUAUCAACCCUCGAAGUGCCAAGAUCCACGCCAACACACAAGGGUUUUUCAUAGCACAGUCUGCCGAUGAGGUGAAGAGAGCCUGGUACUAUUGCAAAGCCUGCCACGAAGACAUCAAGGAUGAAACACUCAUCAAGAAAUGCAAAUGCAAAAACUUGACCGCGCAGCGGAAGGUUGGAGCCGAUAUAGAUGUCGGAAUGAUGAUGAUGCAGACUGGGAUGGUGAAACAAAAUCUUAAUACAUAUCGAGGUUGUCUCGACGAUGACCACCACCCUCCCCCCACGUUCACGCCGCCAGAGUUGCCCAAGAAGGUCCAUGUUCGAGGUGAAAUUGCGAGAGAAAGAGGAGAGGAUACUAGCUUAAUAAAUCGGAAUCACCGGAGCGCGGCGCCAACAGCAUUGCUAUCCCCGAUGGCGAACCAGCUGAUGAACACCACCACGACACGGCAAGUCAACAAGGUCAAACCAAAUGUCAACAGAGCACCGCCUGACACGAAUCCGCAGGAUCAAGAUACCAAUUACCAGGCCUAUCACCUUGCCUACGAAGUCAAAAAGCUCAUGCCGACGAGUAGGAGUAGUGGUGGUAACCAAAACAGCAACGGGGUCAGUCUACCAGCCGGCCUGGCGGAUGACCAGUCGAAGGACUUCGACUUUGAAAAGACUGAAAUGAAGUACGACUCCACUGGGAUGUUCCAUUGGAGCCCCGCCAGGAAUCUGGAGGACUGUAUACUAGACAGAAACCAAGCGGCCAUGACAGUGCUGAACGGGCACGUGGUGGUGUGCUUGUUCGCGGACCCCGACUCGCCGCUCAUCGGGCUCCGGAACUUGGUGAUGCCGCUACGGGCCUCCAACUUCCACUACCACGAGCUGAAGCACGUGGUCAUCGUGGGCAGCGUCGAAUACAUCAGGAGAGAGUGGAAGAUGUUGCAGAAUCUUCCCAAGAUUUCGGUGUUGAAUGGUUCACCGCUAAGCCGGGCCGACUUGCGUGCAGUUAAUGUCAACCUAUGCGACAUGUGCUGCAUCCUAUCAGCGAAGGUGCCAUCGAACGAUGACCCGACGCUGGCCGACAAGGAAGCUAUCCUGGCUUCGUUGAACAUCAAGGCGAUGACGUUCGACGACACGAUAGGCGUGCUAAGCGCGGGGGUGGGGACGAACGGGGGGAGCGCUGCGCAGCCGCCGCCGGGGCAGGCGCCGGCGCCGGUGCUGCUGCAAAGAAGAGGGUCCGUGUAUGGUGCCAAUGUGCCUAUGAUUACUGAGCUGGUGAACGACAGCAACGUGCAGUUCCUGGACCAGGACGACGACGACGAUCCCGACACGGAGCUGUACCUGACGCAGCCGUUCGCGUGCGGCACCGCCUUCGCCGUCAGCGUGCUCGACUCUCUUAUGUCCACCACGUAUUUCAACCAGAAUGCCUUAACGCUGAUCCGCUCGUUGAUCACGGGCGGCGCCACUCCAGAGCUGGAGCUGAUCCUCGCCGAGGGAGCUGGUCUCCGAGGAGGGUACUCCACGCCUGAGAGUUUAGCUAAUAGGGACCGGUGUAGAGUCGGCCAGAUAUCCCUCUACGACGGUCCACUCGCGCAGUUCGGCGAGGCCGGCAAAUACGGCGACCUGUUCGUGGCGGCUCUCCGCUCGUACGGGAUGCUGUGCAUCGGGCUCUACCGGUUUCGCGACACCUCGUCCUCCUGCGACGCGAGCAGCAAGCGAUACGUCAUCACGAACCCGCCUGAUGACUUCAGCUUGCUGCCUACUGAUCAGGUGUUCGUCCUAAUGCAGUUCGACCCAGGAGUCGAGUACCGCUCGAGCCGGCGCACAGGUUCGGCGGCGGCGGGCAAGGACGACGCCUCCUGACUAUUGCUGUGCAGCGCCCUUACCGACGGCCCCUACUCCUACAUAUAGGCGGUAGGGCCCGCGUCACGCUACCUGACAAUCCUACCGCACCCACGCGGGUGACCGGCUGAGCGAAGUUUGACCGAUUGAUAGAUUUUUGAAGCUCUGAUUGGGAAUAAAGUUGUUCAGAUAGGAACUGGGUGGAUUCUAGUUCAAUUAAACAGAUGGAAUCACUUUUUAAUUCCAUUGGUAGACGAAUAAAAAGAACAAUACUCAAAGUCUAACUGACCAGUGCAUAAACUAUGGUAGUGGCUCUUAAUUUUAUUUGGUUUAAGUUCAAUUUCACUAGAAAACGCGAAAUUUACUGUCCAAGCUUUGGCUUGGAUGACAAGAUUGGUGUCUGCACCAAUCAGAGAAUUCGCUACAAAAGUUGAUAAGAAAUCAGCUAUAAAAUCUACACUUCGCUCAGCCGGCAUCUCGAAUACAAUCAAAAUUCGUCUGGUACCCUCCCGCGACAGAGUUAGAAACCCGUUUAAUUUUUAUUUCAGUUUGUUGAACAAUUAGUUCCUCACGGACACUGCACUACAACUCUUGAACUGUCGCACUCUGUACCUUCAAUGGAAAGACUAUGUACUCAAACGAUACAGAGUGAUCUAAACCCGCAUUUGUAAAUAUUGGUAUACAUGCGUGUUAGGAUGGCUUUCGGUGUUAAUAUCAUAUAAAUUAGUGGUGAGAUUAGACGAGAAGUAUAAUUGUUGAUGACCUAGAGGCAAGUUAGUCCGCGAAAUGUGGUUUACUUCACUCUGUAGUCGCUUUACUCGAGUUUCCUUUUGCACACUGCACACAGUCAAAGGGUAGGUCCUAUCUCACAUAUCGGUAUGUAAGUAAAUCUUUAAAAUAUGACACCUUAAUUUGAAAGAUAUAAAUGCUCAGUGUUUAAUGGAACCUUUUAAACUUUUAAUUGCAUGAUCGAGUCAUAGAUCUGGUGAAGGGAUAAUUAAAAUACCAUAAAUAAUGUUUAAUGUAUGAUAACUUCUUUUAGAAUAUCCAUUCCUUAUUCUGUAGUUUUUGUCUCUCAACUCACUUAUAUAAGGCAUUAUAUCUAAAAGCUAAAAUAUAUAGUAUAUUUUAAGCAUUUAAAGUACUCAUUGACUGAUUGUUAAGCACUUCAUGCAUCAUUUUAUUACGUUACGACACUAUGUUAAGUUUUAUAGUCGGAUUUGACGCCGGAUUCAUAUCAUUUUAUUAGUUUUUAAGACACAUUUUACCAUCUUUUUAAUCUACUUACUAUGCUGCACGUAUGGUAGUGUUCUGCAAACGAUUGAUAUUUUUCAAAUUUUAUCCUUUUUAAAUCUCCUACAUUAGACACACGGUAGACAUUUUGUGUCGAGCUGAUCUCAAAUUAUCAGCUCCACACAAAGUAUAGACUUUAAUUUAUCUUUCAUUUAUUUAGUUAGUUAUUUUUAGUUUGUACGUUAUGUUUAUUUUUUUAAUAAAAUUUUAAAGCUUU